GAGAGAGAGAGAGAGAGAGAGAGAGAGAGAGAGUCUUCAGUGCUCCACCAGCAGCAGCAGCACCUUCAGCAGCUUCAGCCGCAGCAGCAGCAGCGCGUGGAGGCCAAUGAUAAGCGCGCGCUGCUGCUUCGCCUUCGUGUCCGCACCCCAGAGCUUAUGGGCACAUGGAGGAGGGCAUGAUGAAGUCCAACUCGUUCUCGAGCAGCAAGGAGGAGAAGGUGGAGGCGGACGGCAGGAACAGCGUGUUUCAGCGGCAGGACUCCACGCUGCUGAAGAAGAACAGCAGCAGCAGCGGCGGCGGCGGCGGCGGAGGAGGAGGAGGGAAUAACGCCAACGCCGCGGCUGGCAAGGAGCACGCCAACUCCGUGGUGGCCGGCGGGCUGAAAGCGGACCGCGAGGAGACCAUGCUGGGACUGGAGGACGUGGACCCCGUGGGCCGGCAGCACGGCUUCAUGCAGCGGCAGAUCGGAGCCAUGCUGCAGCCCGGAGUCAACAAGUUCUCCCUGCGCAUGUUCGGCAGCCAGAAGGCGGUGGAGAAGGAGCAAGAGCGCGUGCAGACCGCGGGCUACUGGAUCAUCCACCCGUACAGCGACUUCAGGUUCUACUGGGACUUGAUAAUGCUCAUCAUGAUGAUGGGGAAUCUAAUCAUCAUUCCUGUUGGAAUAACCUUCUUUUCUGAGCAAACCUCCACCACCUGGCUGGUUUUUAACGUAGCCUCGGACACCAUCUUCCUGGUGGACCUGGUCAUGAACUUCCGCACGGGCAUAGUGAAUGAGGAGAGCUCCGAGAUCAUCCUUGACCCCAAGGUCAUUAAGAUGAACUACCUGAAGAGCUGGUUUGUGGUGGAUUUUCUCUCCUCCAUCCCGGUGGAUUAUAUCUUUCUAAUUGUAGAGAAAGGCUUUGACUCGGAGGUGUACAAAACGGCUAGAGCGCUGCGAAUCGUCAGAUUCACCAAAAUCCUCAGCCUGCUUCGCCUGCUGCGGCUGUCCCGCCUCAUCAGAUACAUCCACCAGUGGGAGGAGAUUUUCCACAUGACCUAUGACCUGGCGAGUGCAGUGGUAAGAAUCUUUAAUCUGAUUGGAAUGAUGCUGUUGCUGUGUCAUUGGGAUGGCUGCCUGCAGUUCCUGGUGCCUCUGCUCCAGGACUUCCCUCCAGAUUGCUGGGUGUCACUAAACGGUAUGGUUAACGAUUCCUGGGGGAAGCAGUACUCAUACGCCCUUUUUAAGGCCAUGAGUCACAUGCUGUGUAUUGGGUACGGAGCUCGAGCACCUGUCAGCAUGUCCGAUCUGUGGAUCACCAUGCUCAGUAUGAUUGUGGGGGCCACCUGCUAUGCCAUGUUUGUGGGCCAUGCCACCGCCCUUAUCCAGUCCCUGGACUCCUCACGUCGCCAGUACCAAGAGAAGUAUAAGCAAGUGGAGCAGUACAUGUCCUUCCACAAGCUCCCAGCCGACAUGCGCCAGAAGAUCCACGACUAUUACGAGCAUCGCUACCAGGGCAAGAUCUUCGAUGAAGACAACAUCCUGAACGAGCUCAAUGACCCUUUAAAAGAGGAGAUCGUCAACUUUAACUGCCGUAAGCUGGUGGCCACCAUGCCUCUAUUCGCCAACGCUGACCCCAACUUUGUGACUGGAAUGCUCAGUAAGCUCAAGUUUGAGGUGUUCCAGCCCAAUGAUUACAUCAUCCGUGAGGGAACUGUGGGUAAAAAGAUGUACUUCAUCCAGCACGGCGUCGCCAGCGUCAUCACCAAACACAACAAGGAGAUUAAGCUCACAGACGGAUCCUACUUCGGAGAGAUCUGUCUGCUAACGAAAGGACGGCGCACAGCUAGCGUCCGUGCCGACACAUACUGCCGCCUCUUCUCUCUGUCUGUUGACCACUUCAACGAGGUCUUGGAGGAAUACCCCAUGAUGCGCCGCGCUUUUGAGACGGUGGCUAUUGACCGCCUGGACCGUAUCGCUAAUAAGACAAAUGCUGAUGAUAAGCCAGUUGACUGUGAGCAGUCAAUGCGAAGGAAGAAGAACUCGCUCUUGCUGCAGAAGUUUCAGAAGGACCUGAAUGCGGGCGUGUUCAAUACACAAGAGAACGAGCUGCUGAAGCAGAUCAUCCGGCAGGACCGGGAGAUGGUGAUGAUGGUGGACAGGAAGCAGUCCGUAACGGGUGCCAACUCGACACCGAUGUCUGGAAACUCCAUCAUUAGCUCUCCUGCUCAGCCACCAUUUCCUAUCACUAACAGCCAACUUCAGCAAGCCAUGACCUACAGCACUGCUGCAUCCAUCACCCCGGCUGCCCGCAUAGCUCAGGGCGUUGCUUUCUCUGCAUCUAGCGUUCCACCUGGAAACCUGGCCACUUCUUCACCAAACCCACCUACACCCUUGCAGCAGCAGCCGAGCGGCAUCAUGUCGCCUUGUUCGUUUACUGCAGCUGUCUGCAGCCCUCCGGUCCAGACGCCCUUGGCUGGCCGAACGUUCCAGUAUGGCUCACCCACAGCCUCGCAGCUCUCCUUGGUACAGCCAUCCAUUCCCCAGCAGUCCAUAGCAACGCAGCAACAACAGCAGCAACAGACGUCCCAGCAGCCUCAGCCUCAACAGGCUUCUCCCCAAAGAAGCGAAGUCCACAAGAGCACACAGGCACUUCAGUCAGGAAGCCUUAGCCGAGACAUUCGCCACCUUUCAGCCUCCCAGCCUUCUCUACCCCAUGAAACUUCGCUACCUGUCCGGCCACACCCAUCCUCUGGCGAAUCCUUGGCUUCCAUCCAGCCCCCUGCAGGUCCAGCCCAAGCCCAGGCCCAAGCCCAGCCUGUCCAGGCUGCACCACAAAGUGGCAUCCGCACCACCGUCCCCCAGAGGGUGGCCCUCUUCCGCCAGAUGUCAUCAGGAGCUUUACCGCCGGUGCGUGCGGCGCCCUCUAGCAUCCAGCACAGGGAUCCCACAGGAUCCAGAAGAGAAUCGGCAGUCUUGAGCAGUACAGAGACCGAACAAGACAAGAUGCGAUUCGCAUCAAAUUUAUGAUCCCGUUCUUUUUUUGAUUUGAUUUUUCUUUUGUUCCUUGUUUAUUUAUUUUUUUUAAUGAUUUGUGCUUCAUUUUUAUGGAGAAAAUGGGAAAAAGAGACUCAAGUAUUUUUGUUUUUCUCCGACUCUCUAAAAGAUAACCUCAUAGAUUAUCCUGUACAGAUUACCCUUGUAUUAUAUUUUAGACAUUUCCCCUUCAACUUAAGAAUGUAUAUUAUACAAAUAUAUAUGUGUAAAUCCAACUAGAAUACUUGGCAUUGACUAUAUGAAAAAGACAGAAACAGUAGUAUAAAUGCAAGUCUUCCUUUCUCAUAUAUAUGACUAACAUGUCGAAGAGGAUUUCCUUUUUUUUCUUGGCUGGUUUAAAUUUUUGUUGUUUUUUUUUUUUGUAACUGGAAUGCAAUGUGAAACCUGACAGUGACUUUUUGAAUUUAUUUAUUUAUUUUUUACUCAGAGAAGAUGACAAAAUGAGAUCAGCAUUCAGCAGCUUUUGGCAUCACUGUGGAAAACCUACACGCAAACAAUACUGGAAACCACUGAAACCACUGAAAGAAAAAAAGCACAUUCGUCAACACAACACCAGAACACACAGAACAUGCAUUCUUGGGAAAUGUUUGUUGGACCACAAUAUGGGCAAUAAUGCGGGUAAAAAUACAGGCGGAAUUACCCUCUGCAAUACUUUCUGAAGUCCAGUAACUGGUGUAGUGUUAAGACCGAGGCAGUGUUAUGGGUUCAAAGGGAAUAAAUCUUGCAUUUGCUGCUUUUUUUUCUUUUUAUUUCACUCCUUUUCUUUGUUUUUAAAGACUAAGUGUGGUUGCAGUUGGAUGUUAUUGGAUGAUGUUAUUUUCUACUCCUAAUUUCUGACAGAGAUGGACACAAAGAAAUGUUGUUUAAUGACUAUGUGUACAUUUAUAAUAUUUAUAAACUAAAGAUUAUCACCAUUAUGCAAUAGACUGUGAUAUAAAGACAAACUAUAUGUGUGUUGUAAAUAGUUUUGUAGAUCUAGUAUUUACAGAAUAACGUGUGGUGCAUUCUCAAUCAUGGCAAUGUCUUACUUCUGUCUGAAGCCUGGAUAUCACCUACAUAUACAUAUAUGCAUAUGUACUAAAAUAAGUGAUGAAACCACAGAUUAUCAUUAUCAUUAUCAUUAGAGAUAAGCAAACCUUAAUGCAAAUAAUGGCAUAAUACUGUAGUUAGUACAGAAUAAAAAUAUCUAUAGAUAAAUAAAUAUUAAAAUGACCCUGGGGUGAGCUGUUGAAGCUUAAGGGUAAACUAAUUAGAAUUAUUAUUAUAGUGAUGAUCUGGAUAAGAAGACAUCGCUGCAAUUCAAACAGUGAGAGGAGAAAAGUUUGUGUAGACGGAACAUUUUGGAAAUGCACAUUUAUUUCAUGUGUUUGUUCCCCAAUGGCCCCUAUAUUUCUAAAAAAAUAUAACACCCCAAGGAGUAUCAUUAAUAUACAUGUACAAUAAGACCUUAUCAUUACUGUAAAACGCACAAAGCUGAAAAGUGCACCCACUCAGUAAAUAAUCUUUCUGUGCAUUUUUCUAUUUUAUGUUAAAAUCAGUAUUAUGCUUGAGCAGUUGACACAUAUUGCUAUGCAGUAACGCCCAAACAUAGUUAUGUUUGUCUUUGUUUUUCUCACAUUCAAAUAUGUAGGAUAAGAGCUCACGCUACAUCUUUCGACUAAGACUGCCCUUUCUCUGCCUUUUUUAACCCAUAUAAUUUAUCAGUUUUGUGUUAUUUAUUCUUUCUUUUCACCUUUGUACAGUUUACAAGAACCAGCAUCAACCAUUUCAGCAUUUUCCCAAGAUCACAACUUUUCCUUGAAGAGAAUGAGUGGACAAAUGAAUCCAUCUCAGCCACGCUGCUGGCACUGUGAACACAGAAUGAAAUGUCCAAACUGGUAUUACUUGCACUGUAUAUGGAUCUGUUGUUGUUGUUCUUGUUGUUGUUGUUGUUUUUAACAGUAAGAAUCGACGAGUCACAUUUGAGUCACACAAUGUAGAGUCUGUCUGUUGUUGGAUGAAAUAUUGAGCAGAAAUCUCUAUUCCAGUUUAGAUAUCUUAAGGAGCAAAAUGUAACGCUGUUUUGCAUUAAGGUUUCUCUCUUAUGUGUAUGCCUGUGUGUAUGUAUGUGUGUGAAUUUGUCCUGUGUGGGGCUUGAGACUCUGAUUGACUGGGUCUGUCAUAACUACUGCACAGCUGUACAAGUUUUUUUUGCCUGUGAUUUCAUUCAUUUUUACAAGCACCUCCAUAAAUAUGAAGAAAAUCUUCAUCUACCAAGCUACCAAGCUAACUCACCCGACCUAACAUAAAGAUGAAAGAUAGUUAAGCCAUCUUGUUUUUGCCUCCUGAAAAUAUGAAGAAAACUCCUUGAUUUUGGUCCAGUUAGCAGGCUACGUAACUCACCAAUAAUACACAGUGGAAACAUAAACUGGAGAUUUAAGAUUCAAUUUUGAAACUGGACGAUGUGAUUUUGAAGCUAGACAAUGCUAAAAUGAUCUCUUUUAAGCUAGCAUGACUGCAGCUUGAGUCAGUUGGUAAAGCAAGCAACUAGGAAAAAUGCCUCUGUGAUACACACUGUCUGAAAAAACCUGUCAUUUCAGACCCAGAACAGAGUUUCAAGCCCUCUGGAGAAAACUAUGGUACUUCACAUACCCACAUGAGUCAAUACUGUACUAACACAAACCCAGGCCACCUCCUCUUACAAGCAUGCAUUGUCACAAAUACUUAAAAGAGAAGCUAUUUAAAAAUGUUGACGUUUUAAAUGUAUUGUGAGAUUAAUUUUUUUGUUCGUUUCUUUUUACUGUCUGCCUAGACGUUAUCUGUGCGUGUAUCAGAAGCAUUGAACUUUCACAAAAAGGACAUUCUUAAGUAUUUGUGCCUAAACUAUAGCCAUAUUUCACCCUGUAUGUUUUUUCUUUGUUUGUUGUUGUUUUGAUCUUUGGAGCGUGGGUCAUGCGCCUGCAUGCUGUGGUACAUGCAUGUGCAUAGAUGACUGUGUAAUUGUUCUGCGUUUUCCGAAGAUGAUGUUAGUGAUGAAGAUGGCCAAAUGCUUCAGAGUAAGAGGAAUCAUGGGACACAUGGUCCAACCGUGCUGGACGGCCAGACGUUCUGUCACAAGCUUAGAUAAGCCGAAGUGCUAUCUGUUCACUUUUAAGGAAAGCCCUACAAGAUCUGCAUUCAUUUUUCCAGGGGUGGUUGUGUAAUAAUGUUUAGUUAAAUUUAAUUGGCUAAAUGGUUCUUGAUGAAACACUGCAGUAGUUUCCUGAGAUUCCUACAAAUAGCCCAGACUGAAAGAUCACAGCCUGGAUGUUCAUGUCAAUCCAAUACUGUUUGUAUAAGUAAGGAUAAAAAAUAAUUUUAUAUGUAAAAAAAAAAAGAGACGUUUACAUGUAACAGUUUAAUUUUUAAUAGUUCAAAUUUAGAAUUUAAAUGAACAUUGAAUUAGAAUCAAAAUUUCAUUCACAUUAAAGUUAAAUUGCUCCUUCUUUUAACAUAAAUUAACCUAAAUUGGGAUAAGUCACACAUUCUUACAUGCUAGACUUUAACUUCAACUUUUUUAUGCCAAAAUUUUUUUCAUUAGUAUUUUUUACUUGUUUAGAUUGAAUUUCUCAUAUCACUGUGUAUAAAAGCUAACACAUAGGCCUGUGUGCAGCCACACUCACUAACAAUAACAACACAGCACUUGACAAUGUCUCUUAACUGGUUUUAGAUCAAAACCACUGAUUUAAUUGGUAAUUGCUUAAAUAACAGACCUCUCCAGGUCUAGUAGGGCUUUCAAACCAUGUAAACUGCAAAUGUACCGUAAGUCUAAGAUGGCUGAAUGCAUUGACAUUGUAGGAAAUCCAGAGCACCUUUGUAACUUUCGUUAUAGCCACUGAUGAUGACGUUUGGUUGGAUAUGUUAUUGUUUGGAGCAAAACUGGCCAAAGCAAAAUAUUCUUAGAAACUUUGUGUUUGAAUUGCACUUUCUGAUAAUAAAUAAAUAAAGAGAGAGAGAUGGAGAGAGAGAGAGGUCUAUAGAUGCAGACAUAUCGUUCUGCAUUUCCAUUUAGUUGAAGUUGAUAGAGUACUAUGGAGAUAUGUCUUGUAGACUCAAGUUCUGAUGCACCUUUUAUUGGGGUCAGAGGGUAGCUGUGUUCCAACAUAGUGCUUAUCUCUUGCUAUGCCAUAGUGUAUAGAGUCUCGUAUACAGUUACGAUGGUCAGCAGAACUCUAUGUGUCUGCUAUUUUUGAUACUGCACUUGCCUUCGGAAGGGAACGCUUCCUGAUUUCAGUGUGCUUUUUGCUCUCAGCUCUAAACUCAGCUCGCUUUUCCGGAGGGAGGGACACACGUACGGCGCUAAAUACACGUUUGCAGUCACUCGGUUUGGAGGCAUUCAAGAAACCAGCACAUGUAUUUGUAUAGUUUGUUUUCCCUUGGUUUUUGUUCUGUGUGAAUGACAAUAAAAGAUGCAAAAGAGAACAAAGAAACAGUGCUUCGAAUAAAAGGGAAGAAAAAAAUACAAAACGUUUUGGUUUACAGUCUCCUGGAUGCAGACGAGAUUUACUGUUUAAUAUGUUUACCUGCACUCCGCAUGAUGGAAAGAAGGGAAAACGCUGCAAGCUACAAGCUCUUCUUAAAGUCAGCUGUUCUGUUCAUUGUGUUCAUACAUGUAAACCAAGGCUUGGUUUGGUUUAGAAAAAAUAAUAAUAAUAACAAUAAUGAUAAUUAACAGAAAAAGAGAAAUUAGUGGGUUAUCUGAUCUGGAAAGAAAAAUGUAUACUUUCUUACAACUUUAUGCAGACAAACGGUGGUUUGUCAAAAUUCUUUUGUUUGUUGUUUGUAAAUAAUAAACCUUUAAAAUAUAGAGAAAAAAAAUAAAAGAAA